AUGACGGACAAACUGCCCCCUCAGCUGCUGCAGCUGUUCGCUCCGAGACCCGCUCUGCGAUACCUGCCACCAUGCGACUACGCUCCCGAGGAACGUCGCACUCCUGCCAUCUCUGGCGUCGCCCAAUACCUUCAAGCCGCAAAAGAAUACAAUGACGACUAUCAACCUACCGAGAGCUGGCUGCAGAAGAAGGAUCGUCAAAAGAUGGAAAGAGACGACGCUGCUCGAUACCGCGUCACUGACGGCUACAAGAACGAAUUCAAGCCUCAUGAGGAUCCCAACGUUGUCGGCGAUCCGUUGAAGACCCUCUUCGUCUCUCGACUCAGCUACAACACCGAAGUCAAGGACCUCGAGCGCGAAUUCGGUCGCUACGGUCCCAUUGAGCGCAUUCGCUUGGUCGAGGACACAACCACUCCCACUCCCAAGAAAAAGCAUCGCGGCUAUGCAUUCAUCGUUUUCGAAAGAGACUCCGACAUGAAGGCUGCCUACAAAGACGCCGAUGGUAUCCGCAUCAAAGACAGACGUAUCCUCGUCGACGUCGAGCGCGGUCGCACAGUCAAGGAAUGGCGUCCUCGCAGAUACGGAGGCGGUCUUGGUGGCCGUCACUACACAAAAGCCGCACCGCCUCGUCCCUCUGGCUACGGUGCUCCCUCUGGUCCUGGAGGCUUUGGCGGCGGCCGGGGCGGCGGCUUCGGCGCUGGCGGCGGUGGCUUCCGAGGCGGCUUCCGAGGCGGAAGAGGCGGCGAUCGGGGCGGAUUCAGGGGCGGAUUUGGUGGAGGUGACCGAGGUGGGUAUGGUGGUGGCAGAUCUGGAGUCGGCUACGGCAACGGCUUCCCAGAGGGCGCCCCAUCCGGUCCCCGUGGCCCUAGAGGUGGCGGCUUCGGAGGCGGUCGUGACAGCGGCUACUCGGGCGGCCGUGACGGUGGUCGCGACAGCUACUCCGGCGGAGGCUCACGAUACGGCGGCGACAGACCCCCACGCGACAGCUACGGCGGUAGCGGCGGCAAUCGCGAGCCCAUUGGAGGUGGAGACCGUGGCGGUGGCUACCGUGACCGCGAUCGGGAACGCGACAACGACCGCAAACGCCCCUACGAUGGCCAAGGUGGCUACGACGAAUCGCGCAAGCAAAGAAGGUACUGA